GAGCCAGGCUAGCUGUUUUUUAGCCUUCAGUCUUUAUGCUAAGCUAAGCUAACCAGCAGCUGCCUCCAACUUCAAAUAUACCGUACAGACAUGAGACAUGGUAUCUCCUCAACUAACUCUGGGCAAGAGCAAAUUAGCGAAUUAGUGUAUUUCCCCCCCAAAAAAUUGAACUAUUCCCUUAAAUUCUCAAACACUGAUAGUUAAUAAUAGUUAGCUUAGUUUAUUAUCCUUUCAUAAAUUCCUUGUAUGUCCGUGGCAAUUGUCAGACAAACAAGCAACAACAAGGAUAUUACAAUUAAUCAUCAAACAGCUUAGUGCUCCAUAGUAUCAGGUAACAUUAUGCUCACCACAACACCACCAGCAAUCAAAAAUCAACAAAAUGCGAGUGACACAACUCUCAUAUCACAAUGAUUUGUUGAAGAGCUUUACUGGACGAUAUAAAGGAUCUCUGAGCACGGGAAGUUCAAUAUCUUUAUGUCUGAUAUUAUUUGCCUCAAAUAUCUGGUAUUGUUCAUGCUCUUGUCUCCUACAUUGUGCUACUUCUUACUUUUGUCAUCCUGCACCACUCAUCACCAGCUGUGCUGAAAAUGGGAGAGCAGGAAAACCUCCUUUAUUGUCCUGCAUUGUAUCACUGCUUCCUAUCCCUGUUUUUGUUGUCAAUAAGCUGCACGACUUCCUCCUCCACCUCCUCGCUGUACAGUGACAAGCGCAACAAAGUCCCCCACUGCUCCAGUCUGCUUACCCUGCAGUUCCUCUGGCAUCUGUGUUCUGCAUAAAUAUUUGUUUGCAUCAAUGGUUGUAUUGUGCUGAGAGAAGAGAGGCAGAGAGGGAGGAAGAGUAUGCCCCAUCAGUGCAUGUGCUAUUGUUUCCUCCUCUUCUGAGACCUCGGGCAGCGUGGCCCACCUCUCGGCUUGGCUCCACCCAUCCUGCUCUUAACGUGCUGCCCCUCUCUCACCAUGUAUCAUUCUGUCCUACUUCUCUCCUCCUCUGUCACCGCGGCCGCUCUUUGUAUUGUCAUUGUCCGUUUUCCCUCUGUGCGCUCUCUCUCUCUCUCUCUCUCAGGCUCGCGCCGCUUAUGUUCUCCUCGGCCCUGCAGCUAUCUCCUCGUGUUUCCUCCCUGUGUCAGUCUCUGCGUGUGUCAGCUUGCAGCCUGACCUUCUUUCUCUCCGGUCCGGUACUUAGUGCAUACUCUUGUUUCUCUCCACCCCCUCAAACUCUCUCUCUCUCUCUCAUGAGGACUCUGCACCGGCUGAAGUUGAUGAGCUCCCCCAGCCUCAGUGAGCUGGGGAAGAGCGAGAAAAGUUCGCCAGAGGACAGAGGGGAGAAACAGAAGAGGGCAGGAGCCAACGCCACCUGGAACAGCAUCCACAACGCCGUCAUCGCAGUCUUCCAGAAGAAGGGUUUGGCAGAUAACGAACUCUACGUCCUCAAUGAAGGUGUCCGGCAUCUGUUGAAGACUGAGCUGGGGUCCUUCUUCACAGAAUACCUUCAGAACCAGUUGCUGACAAAAGGCAUGGUCAUCCUUCGGGACAAAAUAAGGUUCUACGAAGGUCAGAAGUUACUCGACUCUCUGGCUGAGACCUGGGACUUCUUCUUCUGUGAUGUUCUCUCGAUGUUGCAGGCCAUCUUCCACCCGGUUCAGGGUAAGGAGCCUUCCGUCCGACAGCUAGCUCUGCUUCACUUCAGGAACACCAUAGUCCUGAGCGUAAAGUUAGAGGACGCCCUCUCUCGGCCUCGGGCCCGUGUGCCCCCCUCUGUUACACAGAUGCUGCUUAUUCUACAGGGGGUCCAUGAGUCACGGGGUGUGAAUGAGGACUACUUGAGGCUCGAGUCUCUUGUUCAGAAGGUAGUCUCGCCCUACCUGGGCACCCACGGACUUUACUCUGGAGAUGGCGCAGAGGCCCAUUGCUGUGUUCUGGAGAAGCGUUUACAUUGGGGCUGCUCCAAGUCUGCGGAUCAACUGUCUAAAAACCCAGUGGUACGAUCGAAAAGCUACAAUAUCCCUUUGCUGCUGACCCCAGUGGCUGAGUAUGACCCAGAUGCCAGCUCGGUUGGCAGUGGAGGAAUUAGGCGCCACUCGGCCUGUGAGAUUAUAUCAUGCUUGGAGGAACAAGGACUGGCCUAUGCUGACCUGGCCUCGGGAUCUGAACUGUCUGGCUCCUCCUCCAACAGGCUGUGUGUGGCCUCUCAGUUCAAAGGUAUCGUACAAGCAGGAGCCGGCGCCCUGGACUUGCCUCUUUCGUCUCCCUCCAUCCUUCCCCUUCACUCCUCGGGAGCCCUCCACGGCACUGAGGCCACAACAACAAUGACUGAUCUCAGUAAGGCUGCGUCCUCUACGCCGCCCAGUGAAUCAUCCAGCCCCGAAACCAUAAUUGGACAAGUGCUAGAGUCUGCAGACUCAGACUCAGAUGGGAUAUUUAUUGAUUUCCCACCUCACUCCUCAGAGGCUAUCGGGUACAGCCGCGAGAGCAGGCAGAGCACUGUGUAGCUGCGGUUGCCUUUAGGAGCGCCCCCACCCCCCCUCCCCCCCAUGUGUGUGUACGGUAAUAAUCUGGGACAAAGUUAAAAAGAAAUCUUAAAACUACAUUUCAUUAAAUGGGUACCGUCUUCUUUUCUUACUGUUGUACGCGGAGGUCAUUCCUGCUGCUUUCACUGGUGGAUGCAAACCUCGUAACUCUGAAAAUGUAACUUUCUAAGAGCUAAGAAACAUACUCUCGCCUAAUUUCAUUAAUAUUAAGAGCUGGAGAUGUUUUACUGUGUUUUCAACUUGAGGAUAGUGUAGUUGUAACUUUAUCAAAUGAGCUUUGGAAGGAUUUUAUAACCUCAGAUAAUUUUCUCUUUUUCUUAUAGUCAACAAAUCCCAUGAAAUGACCAAAACCAACAAUGAACUGAUCACACAAGUUUUGAUUGUGUAGCCAAAGCCUGAUUGAGUUUAUAGCUUUUGUCUGAACUAAAAACUAUUAAAAACAUCUCAGUGAGCCACACCAUUGAACUGGGUGUCAUGUGCAUGAUAUUUUGAGUCCCUCAUACACGCUCCUGGUACUGUAAAUACUCACCAGAGCACAAAUGGUGUAUUAAUCCGCAGCUGAAGAUAAUCCCUAAUAAAUACACUAAUUACUUCUGAUUGAGUAAUGUUUGCUUAAAAACUGCAGUGCCCAGCUGUUUUAGAAGACUAUUAAAUUUGUUUUUUUAAUGAAAGUUUCUAUUUGUGACCCAUUUUGAGUACGAAUAAGUGCUCUUGUGGCUGAGUGCUGUGUAAAGUACUGAGAGAGAGAUCAACGCAUCUUCGGUUUUGGUCUUUUGAUGGGUUUUGUGGACCAUAACAAAAAUAUUGAAUAUCGCCAGCCUUAUUCUUUUACCCGCUGAGGAGCAUGUAAUCCUUCAACAGCAAGUAGAAACACAAAAAAUUUGAAUUACAAGGUUUUCACACCACAGUUUUUUUUACCUCCACUGAGGAGGUGGCGACUACAGCCGCCAGAAGUGGCUUUACAUAAUCAUCAUGUUUUACAUUUUUCAUGGAUUUGUGUUGUUUGUGUGUAUUCUGAACCUUACAACAUUUUUGAUAGUUUCUGUUUACGUUCUGUUGUCUGCCGCUUGGCAUUAACACAGAAAUGAGGUCUUCUGCUCUCACUUUUGAUCCGAAUCUGAUGAAAAAGUGGAAAUAUUGAACUGUUUUUUUAUCGUCAGCGCUCGUAGAGGUCUAAUGCAAAAGUCCCUUCUUAGACCAAACAUCAGUGUGACAGCAUUUGCUUUUCUGUAUUAGCUUUGUACAGCCGGAGUUUGAGGAAUAUGAUGAUGUUUAUUGUUUACAUUCGACAAAGACAUGAAAAUCUUGAUUGAAUGUUGUCUCACACACUGUAUUUUGCACCACUGCUACCUUGUAAAUAUAAGUGCAUUGUUGGUUUUUAGGACAGCUAGAUAGUGUCAAGUGAGCUUUUACCUUAAAAUGAAUUGAGAUUUUUUAAUAAGGGCUUUUUAACUCGAUCUUUUUCAACAAUGUUUUACCUCAAGCGUUUUGUACUUUACUUUUUUUGACAAUCUAUGAUGUCUACAGAGUUGUACUUUGUAUUAAUUUGUUAUACUA